UUGAGGAUCUGAGGAAAGCUGCGAAGUCCCAGAGGAAUGUGCAUCCAGUAUGUGCCACGCUGCAUACAAUUUCAGGGGGUGAAUGGACUUCCUGGUGUCUGGGGAUCUCCAGUGUAGAAUUUGCCCCUCCCUGCCACAAUGAAGCUUCAAGCAGUGUAGGAGUGUUCUAGAACAGUGAGAUGAAAACAGAAGCCACUGCUAUUAGUCAUGGAAGGUGCUGACUUCUCACUUUUUGCUGUAAACAGAACUCCACUGGGUGGCUUACAGUUUACACACCGACCUCACGCUGCCUCGCUUACCACCUGUAGGCCUUAACGCUGGUGAAAAAAACCACUGUUAAGCAAAUGGACUCUAGGCCCCAAGUACAUUCUGGGGGCUACUGUGUGGUGAGACCACAAUAGGAAAUGCCUGCUUUGGAAAAACAGCCAAAUUCCUCCACAACUCUUCAGAAACUAUAUGCUGCAGAAGACGUCAACGUUACUUUUGAAGAUCAACAAAAGAUAAACAAAUUUGCACGGAAUACAAGUAGAAUCACAGAGCUGAAGGAGGAAAUAGAAGUAAAGAAGAAACAACUCCAAAAUUUAGAAGAUGCCUGUGAGGACAUCAUGCUUGCGGAUGAUGAUUGCUUAAUGAUACCCUAUCAAAUUGGUGAUGUUUUCAUUAGCCAUUCUCAAGAAGAAACACAGGAAAUGUUAGAAGAAGCGAAGAAAAAUUUGCAAGAAGAAAUUGACGCCCUAGAAGCCAGAGUGGAAUCAAUUCAGCGGGUGUUAGCAGAUUUGAAAGUUCAGUUAUAUGCAAAAUUCGGGAGCAACAUAAACCUCGAAGCUGAUGACAGUUAAACAUUUUAUAAUACUUUUUUUUUAAUUUGUUUAAUAAACUUGAAUAUUGUUUAAAAUGAUAAUUUCCCUUCUUCAAAUGAUAUGGAAAGCAAAAUUUUCUUUUUUUAAAUUUUCAUUUAUUUAAUGGAAACUUGCCUAUUUUCACAUGUCUUGCUUAUUUAUUUUAUAUUUUUAAAAGAAGACAGUAUUCAUCUAUGUAUUUUGCAUAACGAUUCUAUCAAGUGUAGGGGCUUUAUGUCAUGUUAUUAAAAUUGGUUGAGCAACCA